UCUUCGCUAGAGGUUCGCGUACUGACGCCACAAUUAUCGAAGGAUAGGGUGGGGGAGGUCGUCACUUGCUAGGAGUUAUUUAGUGAUUGCCCUAAACCUCGCCAAAUAUUAUCGCAAAUUAGUUUUUGGAAUUUUGUCCUUGGAAAUAUAGAUUUGAAACAUGUCAGAAGAAAAGAUAUCGUAUGACCGACUGAACAUACCAACUCGAGGAACUUCUCAUUCGGACAAAUUAAGAGUUUUUGUGUGUCCCACUACCGGUGGACAAAUUGAACUGAAAGUUUCAGGAAACGAGACAAUUCAAGGUCUAAAAUGGUUAAUUGCAAGAAAACUAAAAAUUGUGCCGGAGAAAAUUUCACUGCUUCACAAAAACAAAACUUUACGGAAUGGUACACUACACGAUAACCUAAUAGGAGAGGCCAGUCAUAUAACUCUGUUACCAAAUAUGGAAAGUGGAAUGACAUUCCAAAGACCAGAUGCCAGUGUUGUUCAGGCUCUCGAAAGUUUAUCUGAAUCACAAAUAAAUGAUUUCUUAUCAGGUCGAGCACCUCUAUUGCUAGCGAUGAGAGUGGGUGAUCAUAUGAUGUUUGUACAGUUACAGUUGUCAACAUCACAGUGUGCAGGUCGAAGAUCACGUCAAACGAUAAAAUCCAUGGCAACUCAACCAUCAGCAAGUACAGGGCAUGCUCUGUUUCCACCAGCUACACCCAUUUCUCCUGCUUCGCUGGCCGAAGCUAGUCGCAACCUCUCACAAAAACUACAAGAAUUAUCUACAGAAAAAAAUAAACAUCAGAACUUAGAAACUAAAGCUCCUACAAGAACACAUUCAACAACAGCAUCUUUGUCUUCUUCCUCCUCCUCCUCUUCUUGUAACCACUCUACACCUAUACCUCCAGGACCAUUAACACCCCCUAUAACCCCUCCUCCCUGUAGUAGACCAGCCACAUCACAAACAUCGUUUACAAUACCUCCAGUACACCCAUCACAGACAGAUAUAGCAGCAUCUGGUGCUGUUAUUAAUAGUAUGAACCACCUGGGACGAGGUGUCUUUUCUGGUACCUUUUCAGGAACCUUGGACCCGACAUUGCAAGAUCAAAAUGGUAAACCAAAGAAAGAUGUGAGCACAAUUGUACAUAUAUUGAAUGAUUUAUUAGGUGUUAACGCUUAUCAACUUAGUCAUCCUUACGUGCAAAUUAGAGCACCUGUAAGAAAACCUGUACCAGUCACUCCCUCUAGCCCAGUUUUGAAGAAAGAAGUAGUAGUUGAGAAAACCGGUGAUAAUGUAAUAUUGAAGGAAAAGGUUCAACAUUUACAGAUGAUGAUGCAAGAACGUAGAAUGAAGAGAAAAGCUAGACGGGAGAUGAAAGGUCCAUAUCAAUGGAAUACAGAACAGAUAUUGACAACACCUGUUAAUAUGUACAACACUCUCAAGAUAGAGACGGGCACAACGUCAACAUCGUCCUCGUCUAGUGCACAAGAACCAAACCCAAUGGAUAUAAGUGAUAAUGUGGAUACAUCUGCUUAUCUGAAUUCCAAUCUAGAACAUGAGUCUUUGGCAGUAUGAAAACUGUUUAGGGAAUUUUGAUCGGUUUUUGUUCCAACCUUCUCUCUAGAAGGUUUAUUGUCAAAGAUUUUGACGACGUCAAUCUCUGAUGCAAAUUUUUCCUCAUCCCUUGAUAAAGGUGAGGUGAGUGGGUGAGGAAACUUGUGGCUUUAGUUCGUUGGGACAGUUUAAAUGUCGGUCGUGUUUAAUGGCUCUAUAAUAUGUGUUGUCUGUGUACAAAGCUACACUGGUGCACGCUGUUGAGGCCAGGUAGGGAAAGGUGAUACAAGUUAACAAAAUGCACAAUUUAUUGUUUUGUUUUUGGUGUUAUUGACUGGUCUUCUAUUGAAGGCCAUUAGUAAUCUAUUCUUAUCAAGGAUAAGAUCAAUUUGAAAUGUUGCACUAUUUGCAUUAUAAUAACCAGCAAAAAAAUAAAGCACAAUAUAUUUAUUAUUACAAAUAAUUGUUGUAACAAGUGCUAUAUCAUUUCAAAUAUUUUUCUUGUUUUUAGUCUUUGGUGAAAAUUGUCUUUUUCUAUUAACAUUAUAAUAAUAAAAAUAAUAAUCAGUCUUUGUGUCAUUUGGUAUCUUUUUCUUAUAACUAUUCAUACUGUAUUAGGAAUUAGUGGCUUUUGAUAUUUCUUUGUAAUUUUAAAUGGUCUAAAUGUAUCUCUGUAAAUUACCACUCUAUUUCACAAAUUUUGUAUAUUUAUUAUAUGAAGUUAGAUGUUGUAAUGGAUGUAUUUAAAUUAAGCUUCGAGUAGUAGUUUCACACGAAGGAGAACAAGCAUAAUUUUUUGGUAAUUUUUCUAGCAAUUUAUUGUUAUUAAUUAUUCUCUGGAUAUUAUGUGAAUAUAUUUGAAAGUAAGUAAGGAAUGAAUGACAGAUAUAACAAAUAAAUCUGAUGUAAAUAUAUACAAUAUGAGCAAUAAUGAUGAUGAUGUGCAGGCACAUAUAUACCGGUAAAACAAAACAUAACACACAAAGAAAUAAGUGGUAUAUAUAUCUUCUUUUCUUUAUAUUUUGUUUUAUUUUUCUUUGUUCAAUAUAUCAACUGUUAUAAGUAUAUA